GAUGACAUUGCGGGACAACUUUCAAUUUUAUCAACUGAAAAAGGUGUGAACUGUAAAUUAAAUCGUUAGAAUCAUAUCUCAUAUAGAACACAUCAAUACAACCAAUAAGAAGAAGGCAACAAACAAACAAGAACAAAUAAUACAUACAUCAUAACAUGUAAACACUGCACCAUCCAACUGCUAUUAGGGUGGUUAGAAUUUGGAAAGAAUCUCCUUAAAUCCAACUGACAAAAGAUAAAUUGGUUUUACUGUUUGCCACAUCAACUAGAGAAAAUUAAGAAUGCUGACUAAAAUUUCCAGAGAAUGUCUUCAUACUUUUAUAAAAAAUAGAAUGCUAAACUCAGCUGAAUUUGACUUCUCGUAGUGAUCCUGCACAAGAUGGAGAGCAGCUGGGAGAGGAAGCUGGAAUGUUAUAUGGAGAAUACUUAAUGUUAGAUAAAAUUCUUGGAGCCCAGAGAAUGUUAAGUCAACAAAAUAAGAAUUUGGUACAUGACGAACAUUUAUUUAUAGUUACUCAUCAAGCUUAUGAACUAUGGUUUAAACAGAUUAUUUUUGAAUUGGAUUCCAUAAGAGCAAUAUUUAGUGAUGUUUUAGAAGAAUCUCAAACUUUAGAAAUAUUAAAGAGACUUAACAGAAUAGUUUUAAUAUUAAAGGUGCUUGUGGAUCAGGUUAUGAUAUUGGAAACAAUGACACCUCUUGAUUUCAUGGAGUUUAGAAAUUAUCUUUGUCCAGCUUCUGGAUUUCAAAGUUUGCAAUUCCGUCUUCUUGAAAAUAAAUUAGGUGUACGGCAAGAAAAUCGUGUCAAAUAUAAUCAAAAUUACACCAAGGUAUUUGGUAAUGACGAAGAAGCAUUAAAAUUACUAGAACAAUCAGAAAGUGAACCCUCAUUGGCCGAUCUUGUACAACGAUGGCUUGAAAGAACCCCGGGGCUUGAGUUGGAAGGGUUCAACUUUUGGGGCAAAUAUCAGGAUGCUGUGGAAAUUUUAUUAGAAGAACAUAAAACUCUUGCAAAUAAACAAAUUUCGGACAAAGUAAAACAAUAUCAUCUAUUAGAUCUAGAAAAAAGAAGAGAAGUUUACGAAUCGAUUUUUAAACCAGAUGUUCAUUCAGCUCUGGUUACUAGAGGAGAGAGAAGAUUUUCUCAUAAGGCUCUUCAAGGUGCCAUUAUGAUCACCUUUUAUAGAGACGAGCCAAGAUUUAGUCAACCCCAUCAAAUACUAACAUUGUUAAUGGAUAUCGAUUCAUUAAUUACCAAAUGGAGAUAUAAUCAUGUCCUUAUGGUACAAAGAAUGAUUGGAUCUUCUCAGUUGGGAACUGGCGGUUCAUCAGGUUAUCAAUAUUUAAGAUCUACAUUAAGUGACCGUUACAAAGUAUUUGUGGAUCUAUUUAACCUGUCCACAUUUUUAAUUCCUAGAAAGUACAUUCCACCUCUUACCACUUCCAUAAGAACUCAUUUGUCACAUAAUUGGAAAAAUGGAUACAACGACUUACCUAGUAGUUAAGAAUCCUGAUGAAUAAAUGUAUUUCCGCAUAAUAAAUGAAACACAAAUAUUA